AUGGACAUCUUCUCAAAAAAGGCUGACCCUGCGUCACUAAAAACUGAAUUCGAGGACCCAUGGAUAGCCUGGCCGAGAUUCUGCCCCGUUGACUCAAUUGUUCAAACGUCAGUCGAUCUGCUGGCCGAAGUCGAGAGCACAAUGGGAGUGAAUCACUCCAAAACGCACAUCAUCAAUGUGGCCGACCAAGUUCGGCGCGUCUUGGGAAGUCUUGAUCUUGUGGUUUCCCAAGUAUCGCCGGCCACUAGCCGGCAUUCUAGCCCUCCUACGUACUUCAACGGACUUUUGAGAAACCGGUCUGCUACCUCGGCAGCUAUCGCCAAGAGCCUCUACCUUACUGUGCGGUUACACCUCGUCGACGCGCUUCUACGAUCUUUCGAUGCCCAAGUUCACGUCGCGGAAGCCGACGAUGAUCUCCCGUCCCCGAUUCCCGAGUGGUUAGUCAUCGAGCAGGAAGCUGGACUACGCACACUCUGGGAGGAGGUCACGGCUGCGCUGGCACCUGGUGGACAAGCCCCCGGGGCAAAGGAGAAUGCACCUGGGGCUGCCUCCCGCAUGUUCUGCCUGUCAUGGCCUAUGGCGGCUAUAUCACAAUCGACCAUGACCAGUGAACAGUGGAAACGUAGAGUGUGGGAACUGAUUGAAAAGGACAGUGGGCAAUAG